CCUGCCUCUCCCCAAUAGCAGCCCUCGCUCGAAAGCUCAGGUUACUUCGCUAAGAGUUCUCAGCCCCCUCGUUUCUGUCCUUGUCUCUGCCUCCAACUUCUUAAGAGCCACCCAGCCCCAGCGAUUGGAUUGGGCAGCCCGUCUUGACACACCACUGUGCUGAGUGCUUGAGGACGUGUUUCAACAGAUGGUUGGGGUUAGUGUGUGUCAUCACGUUGGAGUGGGGAUUAGAGAAGGGAGGCAGCCUUGCUGGAGCUGUGUGGUCUUCUCCAAGUGUGAGUUGCAAGCAAGAGGAGAGCUCUGUAGCUGUUGGGAGAAGAGAGAGGAUUUCUUUUCAGCAGCUGCAAGGGGGAAAAAAACCCCAGUUUGUUCAGUAAGAAAUUGAAUUGUGGAAGAGUGUGGAAAAAGAUGACAAAAUUUCUUUGUUUCAUCAGAAAAAGGUCCUAGAUGCAAUAAACUUACUAGACUAGACAUACAGACUUCUUUCAAUGGUAUGAAAAUUAACCCAGGCACAUCAGCUGCAGGAAAUCUUCAAAGGGCUCCUCCUACUGAUGUUCUGAAUACUUUUGCAUCAUAGCAAUUCAUUACUGUACCAGGACCUGAACUUAAGACCUUAGAGGAAAAAAAGAUCAGGCACUUCGGGACUAGAGGAACUACAAUGAAGUAUUCUUGCUUUGCACUCUUUCUGACUGUGCUCAGUACUGAGUGGAUAAGAAGUCUCUGUUCAACUGUCAAAUCUCCAAGGUUCAGAGGACGUGUGCAGCAGGAACGAAAAAACAUCAGACCAAAUAUUAUUCUUGUACUCACAGAUGACCAAGAUGUAGAACUUGGGUCCUUGCAGGUGAUGAACAAAACUAGAAGGAUCAUGGAAAAUGGAGGGGCCACUUUCAUCAAUGCCUUUGUAACCACCCCAAUGUGCUGCCCAUCUCGAUCCUCCAUGCUAACAGGGAAAUAUGUUCACAAUCACAACAUAUAUACCAACAAUGAAAACUGCUCUUCUCCUUCCUGGCAGGCAACACAUGAACCACGUACUUUUGCAGUGUAUCUCAACAACACUGGGUAUAGGACAGCUUUUUUUGGGAAAUACCUCAAUGAAUACAAUGGCAGCUACAUUCCUCCUGGGUGGAGAGAGUGGGUUGGAUUAGUCAAGAACUCUCGCUUCUAUAAUUACACCAUUUGUCGGAAUGGCAACAAAGAGAAGCAUGGAUUUGAUUACGCAAAGGACUACUUCACAGACUUAAUCACUAACGAGAGCAUUAAUUAUUUCAAAAUGUCUAAGAGAAUAUAUCCUCAUAGGCCCAUAAUGAUGGUUAUCAGCCAUGCUGCCCCCCAUGGCCCUGAAGAUUCUGCACCACAAUUCUCAGAGCUCUAUCCAAAUGCUUCACAGCACAUAACGCCAAGCUAUAACUAUGCACCAAACAUGGAUAAGCACUGGAUUAUGCAGUACACUGGCCCCAUGCUGCCUAUCCAUAUGGAAUUUACAAAUGUCUUACAGCGCAAAAGGCUUCAGACUUUGAUGUCAGUUGAUGACUCCAUGGAAAGGUUAUACCAUAUGCUUGUGGAGACGGGUGAACUGGAGAAUACCUACAUUAUUUACACCGCUGACCAUGGUUACCAUAUUGGGCAGUUUGGACUGGUCAAGGGGAAGUCAAUGCCUUAUGACUUUGAUAUUCGAGUUCCUUUCUUUAUUCGUGGUCCAAGUGUAGAGCCGGGAUCAGUAGUGCCUCAGAUAGUGCUGAAUAUUGAUCUUGCUCCAACUGUUCUGGAUAUUGCAGGACUUGACACACCUCCAGAUAUGGACGGCAAGUCUGUCCUAAAACUUCUAGACUUAGAAAAGCCAGGAAACAGAUUUCGAACAAACAAGAAGACGAAAAUUUGGCGUGAUACGUUCCUAGUGGAAAGAGGCAAAUUUCUGCGCAAGAAGGAGGAGCCCAAUAAAACAGUUCAACAGUCUAAUCAUUUACCAAAAUAUGAGAGAGUAAAGGAAUUAUGCCAACAAGCAAGGUACCAGACAGCGUGUGAGCAACCAGGACAGAAGUGGCAGUGCAUUGAAGAUACAUCUGGCAAACUUCGAAUUCACAAGUGUAAAGGAUCUAGUGAUAUGCUCGCCAUCAGGAAGAGAACACGAAGCAUACACUCCAGGGGAUACAGCAGUAAAGACAAAGACUGCAACUGUGAAGAUACUGAUUACCGAGCCAGCAGGACCCAGAGGAAAAAUCAAAGACAGUUCAUGAGAAACCCUAAUGCACAAAAGUACAAACCAAGAUUUGUUCACACUCGGCAAACUCGAUCUUUGUCUGUGGAAUUUGAAGGUGAAAUAUAUGACAUAAACCUGGAAGAAGAAGAAUUACAAGUGCUGAAAUCCAGAAGUAUUACUAAGCGUCAUAAUGCUGAAAAUAAGGAGGAUUUGGAAAACACUGAUGGUGCUGGAGCUGGUGGUGAAGAAAUGCUAGCUGAUGGCAUCAAUAUAGUUAGCCAACCUAAUUCUGUCAGAGUGACACACAAGUGUUUUAUUCUUCCAAAUGACACUAUCCACUGUGAGAGGGAAUUAUACCAAUCAGCCAGAGCCUGGAAGGACCACAAGGCCUACAUUGACAAGGAGAUUGAAGCUCUCCAAGAUAAAAUUAAAAAUUUAAGAGAAGUGCGAGGACACCUGAAAAGAAGGAAACCUGAUGAAUGUGAUUGUAGUAAACAGAGCUAUUACAACAAAGAGAAAGGGGUGAAGGCUCAGGAGAAACUGAAGAGUCACCUUCAUCCAUUCAAAGAAGCAGCACAAGAGGUGGACAGUAAAAUUCAGUUAUUCAAGGAAAACCGCAGAAGAAAGAAAGAAAGAAAAGGGAAGAAGCGCCAGAAGAAAGGAGAUGAAUGCAGCCUUCCUGGACUCACAUGUUUUACCCAUGAUAAUAACCACUGGCAGACAGCACCAUUCUGGAACCUGGGCUCCUUCUGUGCUUGCACAAGCUCAAACAACAAUACUUACUGGUGUUUGCGAACAGUUAAUGAAACCAACAAUUUUCUCUUCUGUGAGUUUGCAACUGGAUUCUUGGAAUAUUUUGAUAUGAACACCGAUCCUUACCAACUGACAAAUACAGUACAUACUGUGGAAAGAGGCAUUUUGAACCAGUUACAUUUACAGCUAAUGGAACUGAGAAGUUGUCAAGGUUACAAGCAAUGCAAUCCACGACCUAAAGGACUUGAAUCAGAGGAGAAUUAUGGGAUGGAUGGGAAGGUUAACCUGCCAAAUUUCACUGAGGACGUCAACUGGCAAGGACUGGAAGAUUUGUACAGUGUGAAUGAAAGUUUAUAUGAAUACAAAUACAACUAUAGACUUAGUCUGGAGGACUGGACUAAUUACUUGAAGGAUAUAGAUAGAAUGUUUGCACUGCUGAACAGUUAUGAUGAGCAAAAUAAAACAGACAAUAAAACCGCUCAAAACAGUGGUUACCUGGACAAGUCGCCUACACGAUGUACCUUGCUGGAAAUUACCUCUGCUGAGUCAGAUGAGGAAUCAAGUGGUCUGACUGCAGAAGAGUUACAGCCUGUUGUGCUAACAGACUUUGAAGCCCUAUCUUUGAGCGCAGUCAUUUUAAGUCAAGAGAGGAAACUUGAAUUAAAUAAUGAUAUCCCUGACAAAAGUCAUUUGAAUGCAACACACUGGAGAAAUAAUCAAGCUGAAAAAUGGAUGGAAGGUAAAGAAUCAGACAAUUUUGAAAUAGAUUUCAGUGGAAAUGAUCUGAUGGAGCUGGAGUCCAGACAUAGUUUCAUUUUACAGCCCAUUAGCAUGCUUCAGAAAGACUCACCUGAGGAUGGUGGUGGCCCUAUGGAAGAAGUUUUUGAAGAUCAGAUCUAUUUUCCUGUGAGGUCUAGUGAAGCCAUUGUACACCAGGCUUUAAGUGUAUCCAUCAGGGAUCCCUCUAUCAGGUCUCAGAAAAUGGAAACUACAUUGGAAAAAAUAGAACCUAAUUUUUCAGGGGAGACAUCGCAAAUCGUAAAUGUAGAAGGCAGUGCCUCAUCUGCACUCUCCCUAGAUUAGAUCAAAUUAUGAACCAUAUGAAGUUCUCUUGAUUUUUUUUAAAUGGCAAAUUAAUAAAGGUAAUCAUGACAACUGACA